AUGAGUUGGUUCUGGUUAGUUGAGCGCAAAUUGGUCGAAACUCUCCUACGAAGCCCUACUUUCCAUCGCAGCGUUCAGAAGAUUCAUAAACAGGUUCAUCAGCUACAACAUGGCAAGCCGCCAGAAUACCAUGGCGGUACGAAUCUAGAAGACCCUGCAGCUGGUAGUGGAGUGAAGAAUUUUGUGAAGUUGUUUUGGGAAGAACUGAAGUCUGGACACAAACCCGAGCGACCUCCCAAUAAGAAGCAGUAG